GGAAGAACGUGACGUCACUCGGCAAACGAGGAAAUAAAUCCAAGGUGGACAGAAGGUUUUAUUUUCGGUUUAAGUAACUAGUUAUGUAUAAUAGCUGUACGUGUCACUUUUAACUGGUUUCUCCUUGCAGUCAGAGAUGAGUGACUUCCCUGUAAACCCUCUGGUUUUGAUUGGAGUCGGGUCCAGCUUUGCCUUCUCGGGCCUCUUUUAUCAUUUAUACAAAGAGAAGAAGAAAGAGUUGAUAAAGCUGAAGGCAAUACCCAUUUUCAAACCUGAUGAACAUUUGGUAAAAGUACUCCAAUCAUCAACCCACAAGCGACUCCAGUACGUCGCUGUUGAAGGUGUGGUCCAGGCAGACGGGGAGCCUCUGCCCAGCCGGUUUAUCCCACGAUGCUUCGGCGUGAUCCAGAAAAUAGCAGUGGAGGAGCACUGGAAACAGUGGAACUCCCUCACCAAGACAUGGAACUCUCAGACGAAAAACCGAACCGAGACCAGCAACUCUGUUCCCUUUAGUCUGGUCAACCCUGAAGCCUACAUCUCUGACGUGCAUGUGAAAGUGCAGAACCCUCUGGAGGCCUCUGGGUCCUUACUGGAGAGGGUUUAUUACAAAGUGAAACGUGCCGAGGAGGGCUUGGUGAACGUAAUGCUGCAAGGCAUGACCGGUGAGAAACCAGUGGCGAUGGAGGAGAGCGAGGAGCUGCUGCGUGUGGGGAGCACCGUGACGGGGUUCGGGGAGGUGGUGCUGGAGGGAGGCACGGCGAUGAGGCUGCAGGCCCCAAGAGACGGUCGCAAGUACAUCCUGGUACCCACUGAUCACAGCAGCUUCAUCGACAGACACGAGGCAUCGGCAAGCAUGUGGAAGACACUGACUGCUCUCACAGGGCUCACGGGGGCUUCUCUUCUAGCCAGCGUCAUUUACAAUUUUGUAAAAAAAGAGGACGAAAGAUAGGAGCCUAGGCCAGGGGACCCUGGACCCGGCAGAGCAGUGUUCUCAUACUCUCAGGGGUUUUUUCACAGAUUCUGCAGCACAUGCCUGGCUUGAAUGUGGUUCCUUCAAAUGUUUCGAUUAUUUUCUUUGCUCGGAGGUAGUGUCUCAUCAUGUCAAGGUGCAUUUAAGUCUUUUCUGCAAAGACUGUAAGGGAAAAAACACACACAUUUAUGAAAACACAUGCUUAGAGAUACGUUAACACACAAACACGCAGGCAUUUACAAAUCCCUUUUCACUCCUGAAAAAAUCUAAUUUAGGUGUGAACACAUGAAAUAAAAUUUAAAAAAGUCAAAUGACAUUUUCCAAAUUCAGAAAAAAGCCCACACCUAUUAUACAAUGCAUAAGCCUGCACUGUCAUUGUUGUGCACCUCUGUAGUUGUGAUGCUUGUCAGAUUCCUUCUUGUGCGUUUUUUUUUUCGUGCAAUCUGUCCAUUUAAUGUGAAGACCAAUAUACAUUCUGCAUUAUGAAUGCAAGUUGUAACUCAGUUCGUGUAUCUUUUAUGUCGUCAGUCACUGAAUUCUUCCUCAGUGUGAGGGUCAUGUGACCUCUCGGGAACAACUCAGGCUUCUUUGACGAAUGACUUGAGGAAUCAUAAAUCCAGCGCUGCUUUAACAAGGGACCAAUGAAACUAUGUUUAAAUCAAACAACGUUGUAACAUUUCAAAUGUAUGAAUCAGAAAAAUGUCUUCAAUGUUAAUCAUUAAUCUCAUCUCAUCUUCUACUACCACUUAUCCUAGGGGCGCUGAGGUUGCUGGAGCUUAUCCCAGCUGUUUAUUCAUUGUAAUUAUAAAUAAAAUAAAUAUCAGCUGAAUCACUUGGAAUCUAACUUUAUUGGGAUUAAGAUGACAGCAGAUUAUUUUUAACCUCUUGGAUAUUUUUGAUGUAUUAUUUUCAAAUUAUGUGCACAAUGAUCAGUGUGUAAGAAAAAUGUCCAGUACAGUCUUUUUUUUUUUUUUUUUGACAGAUGCUGGGUUUAGUUUCUCACAUUAGACGUGAUCAAAGCAGCAGCUUUAUCCCGACUGAUACAUUUCAAGUGGAGGGGAGAAAAAGCGAGGCAAAUACAGAAACUUCAAACCGAUCAGGCAGAGGGUCUCCCUUCUUUAAUUUCAUAUUGAUGUUCAGAUCACACAGCUCUCGCAUGACGUAGGAGAUAAAAAUGUACAUGAGCUUCAACUGUACAGAGCAGAUUCUGGUGGUUAGUGGAGGCAGAGAGCCGCUGUGGAAGAGAAGACCAACAAUCCAAAUCCCCUUAGUCACGACAGUUUGAAAGUUUUUCUGCAGAUGAAAUUGCCCUCAUUAUUCUCCA